AAAAAAAACACCAUUAGUUAUCUCUCACUUUCUAUUUAGGUUACCCUAUAAAGCCAUACUAAAGCUCAACCGUCUUCCUCCUUUCUUCCCUUUCUUUCUACUAUUAGAUCAUAAUUCAUAAUAUGCCUUCUCCACAUCACAACGAAUAUGACGGCGGACCUUCCGAUCUAACCGCCGGCGAACAUGAACCUACGCCGGCCGCCGUUACUAACAUGAAGGAAGAACCGUUUCACAUGGAUCCUGAAUAUCCGGGUCAGAAGCCACUCAUCAAUAACCCGCCGCCGCAGAUGCCUAUGGUUCAACUUAAGCAAGCUCAUCCGCCGCCGCCGCCACCAGCGCCAAACGCGGCGUUACCGGUGGUCAACAGUUCUGUACGGAGAUCGUCUAAUAAGGAUCGACAUACUAAGGUGGAGGGACGAGGUCGGAGAAUCCGAAUACCGGCUGCUUGCGCCGCCCGUAUCUUUCAGCUGACAAGGGAACUUGGACACAAAUCCGACGGGGAAACGGUGAGAUGGUUGCUUGAGCAUUCGGAGGAAGCUAUUAUUGAAGCUACCGGUACCGGAACUGUGCCGGCGAUUGCUGUGUCUGUCGCCGGAACUUUGAAGAUUCCUGCUACACCCACGAUUAGUCCAGAUUCAGAUAUUCAAUUAGCUUCUAAUAAAAAAAGAAGAAGACCUUCAAACAGUGAAUUCUACGACGUAACUACGGCUAACGACGGUGUUUCACAGACAGUUGGACUUGCUCCGGUUGGACCCACUUCAAUCCCCGCCGCCGCAGUAGUACCAACUCAGAAUCUAGUGCCGGUUUGGGCUGUCAGCAACGCCGGUUUAAUGAUACCCUCUAACGCAAUAUGGAUGAUACCGCCCACCGCCGCCGCCGGCAGCUCCCAUUCGAACUUAAAUCAGCCGCAGCUUUGGACAAUAUCCCCUUCGAUGACGCCGGUAUUCAAUAUCGCUGCAAGGCCAAUGACCUCAUUCGUUUCCACUUCACCAGUACCUGUACCGGUCAUCAGAGAGGCGGCUCCGGCGACGGCGGAGAUGGGAUUUAGCCCAGAGACGGCGGAAACAGGAAAGAAUAAGAAAUCAACAAUGGCGCCGGCAAGUAUGAGCUCCGGCGGCGGAGGAGGAGGAAAAACCCAAAUGUUGAGAGAUUUCUCGUUGGAGAUUUAUGAUAAAAGGGAGUUGCAGUUUAUGGGGAGGAGCAUUAAUCAUCAACAAUCAGAGCCAUCUUCUUCAAAAUCAUGAUUUAGACAAAGAGCAUUAUUCAUUUCAUAGUACAAAUUAUGCAUGGAUUAUUCAUGCAGAGCAGAGAAGAUCAUAUCAUAGGGCAUGUAAUAAUUUGGAUGGAAAAUUUGGUAAUUUGUAUGUUUAUUAAUUGAUGUUAGGAAGCUUGUUCAAUUCGUGUGCUACUUAAUUUCAAUAAUAAUAAUAAUAAAAAGGAUAUAAUUAUUCUU